UCGCUUCACCACAAACCGAAGAAGAAGAAGAACGCUGCUUCCGGUACUGGUUGCUAAGAAACAACAAACAGAAAUUUGCGAUUGAUGUGUGGUUCUCAACGUAGCACUUUCGACCAUUUUCUGUAUUUUCAAAGUCUACAUUCUUCAGAACGUAUAAAAGGCUAUACUGUACAACAGCCAUGCCGCUUCCAGACACCCUGUACUGUUCCGAGCAGAUCAUCAUUCCYCCUGAGCUGCCAGACAUCCUGAAACAUUUCACCAAGGCGGCCAUCCGAGCACAGCCCUGCGAUUUGCUGGCGUGGAGUUCAGCGUAUUUCCACGCUUUGGCUAAAGGAGAAAGUCUCACUGUCAAAGAGAAAAAUGUCACACAAACUGAUUCUGGACUGACUCCAGGUCUGCUGAAAAUCCUCCACCAGCAACUUUCCCCAAUGCAAACGUGCAGCAGGGAGGAGCUGCAGGACAAAUGGAAGGGUCAGGGUCUUCCCGCGGAGCAGCUGGAGACCCUGCUGUUGGUGGGCAGCUUUGGCACCGAAAUCGACUGGAUGGAGUUUUUUGCCGUGGGCUGCGGUGAUUUAGGAGGGACCCUUUUGACAUCUCUAAAGUUCGCCUGCGAGAUCCUGACGGACGACGAGGAAGGUGGUCCUGCCAGGAUCCCGUUCGAUACUUUUGUCAGACUUUACACCUAUUUGGCUCGCAGAGACGCUGACCUUUCACAAGAYUCCAUCGACAGCUUCCUCAACGAUCUACGACAACAGGCGGAGCUGCAGGACGGGAUGAUAGAACCUCUGGACUUCAUGCACAGGGAUGAUGUGGACUCAGCUCCAGCUGGUUCUCCUGUUGUUUCCAGAACUUCCUCAAGAGCUGAAAAAUAGAAACUGUGUCAAACGAAAUCAGAUGUCCAUGUUUACAGUGAAAACAGUUUAAACAAAAGGUUUGUUCAUGAUAAUGUACAGAAAUAAAAACUUAAAUAUUGGAGAAAAAUUGAGGUUAUGGUAAAUUAUGGUCAUUCAGUUCCACUUUAAAUAAACUGAACACGUCCUUUAAAGAAGAAGAGGGGCGGGGCAGCCACAUGUCAAUCAAAGAAACACUGCAAACCAUUUUUUCCCCUUAACAGAACUUUAACKUUGAAAAUGUGAAACUAUAUGCUUGAAAAAAAAGUGCAUGCAAAUAACUGUAUUUCAAGACAGAAAAUACAAAAACUUUAGAUUUAUUAAAAUUUUUAUUUUUUGUUUAAAUGAACCCGAAUGCCUUUGAAGUGCUGUUUUAGCUGCAGUUGCAAUGAUUUUAUCUACUCAAUUGUGUUGAAUUUGUUCUUCAGUGAGGGAACACUGGAGUCAUCCUCUUUUGUGGUGAUACUCUUAACUCUUUUAUUAUCAAAAAAUCGUUUUUUCUAAUUUGCAUUUGCAAAUUCUAAUAAAAGAAGCUAAUUUAA